CCCUCGGCCUCCCCCAUGGUGGGGUUCGGGGCGAACCGCCGGGGCGGCCGCCUGCCCUCGCUGGUGCUGGUGGCGCUGCUGGCCGUGAUCGCCGUGCUCGCCUUCCACUGCUGGAACGCGGCGUCCCGCCAGGCCCUGCUGCGGGAGGAGCUGGCCGAGCUGCAGAGCCAGGCCCAGCGCACGGAGGUGGCGCGGGGCCGCCUGGAGCGCCGCAACUCCGACCUGCUGGGCAAGGUGGACUCGCACAGGAAGCAGCUGGAGCAGAAGGAGGCGGACUACAGCCACCUGAGCAGCCAGCUGCAGGCCAGGGACGGCCAGGUGAAGCGCUGCGAGGACGGCAAGGUGAAGCUGCAGAACAACAUCUCGUAUCAGAUGGCGGACAUACAUCGGCUAAAGGAACAACUGGCGGAGUUACGGCAGGAGUUCAUCCGCCAGGAGGAUCAGCUGCACGAGUACAAGAAGAACAACACCUACCUUACGAGGAGGCUGGAAUAUGACAGCCUGCAGUGUGGGCAGCAGAUCAAGGAAAUGAGGCUGCAGCAUGAAGAGAACAUCAAGAAAUUAAUGGACCAGGUUGCACGGGAACAAAAGGCCACACAAAAAAUUCAGUCCAGUAAAGACACUGAAGUCAGUCCCAGCAAUGAUGGCCAGGCAGUACCUGAGGCUGUUGCAGAGGGGGAAGGUAAAGACACAGAGAAGAAUGAGGAGCCUUCAGAACAUGUUGUAAAUGACAAAGAGAAAAUCAAAGCAGGAGGAGAUGCAGGCAUGCCUGAAAUAGAAGAUAAUGACCCAGCAAAAGCUGAAGAUACUCCCACUGCUUUAAAGAAGACACUUAUUUCAGCUCCUAAAGGUGAAGGUCAUCCACCUGUUGUGAAUCUUCCAACUGAGCAGCCCCAUGCUCCAAACCUGGCACCAGGUUUGCCCAGCGACAGUGAUGGAAACGCCGACCUCGCGAAGCAGAUCCCCCCAAAUUCCCUCCAGCACCUGAAGUUUGAAGAAAAGGUGGAAACCCAGAAAGAGCACAAAAUUGAGACAGACCAGAUAAAACUCCCAAAGAGCCGAGUUAGCGACUUGCAGAAGAUUAAGCAAAGCCGGUUCUUUGAUGAGAAUGAAUCCCCUGUGGACCCGCAGCAGGGUUCUAAACUGGCAGAUUAUAAUGGGGAUGAUGGGAACGUGGGUGAGUAUGAGGCAGACAAACAGGCUGAGCUGGCUUACAAUGAGGAAGAGGAUGGUGAUGGUGGAGAAGAAGACGUCCAAGAUGAUGAGGAGCGAGACCUGCAGAACGACCUGGGCGACUACAAGUCCCGCUUCAGCGACGGGGUCCUGUAGGCCCGGGGCACAGAGAGCCCAACCCAAGGACUUGGGGUGCUGCAAAACUGAACCAGUUCUACUCCAGUGUUUCCUACUUCCAAGGAAGCUGAGAAUAAAGUGCCGAGUGUGCUCAGCCAGCAGGUGAAGAGGAGCCACUGUACAUAUGUACAUACUUGUACUGCUGCAGGUUGUAUUAAACCAGCAUUGUCACAUGGAGCCGGUUACUCAGCCUGGUCCUUAUCUGAAAUAAUCUUCACACUUAAGCCCAGUCUAUAAACACAGGCUGAACUGUUUCUGCCAUUUACAACACUUUGGAACCUGGAGGACUUGUACAGUUUGUACCUGAUGUAACAAAGCUGCUGUGGAAGCCAUGUACAGCCAAGGACUCCUUUUCUACAGUCCCACCUGUGUGGGCAGAACUGCUUCUCCCGAGUGCUGGGUUUGUCCAGCAGGUGAGCCACGAGCUGGGAAUGAGAACUGAACGGUUCAAUAGCUGCUCCCUCCUCACUGUGACCCAGCCUGGGGCAGCCCUCGGCACCAUUGAGCUCCUGUACAGUGACCACAUCUCAUAGCUAGAGCUGCAAAUCUAUAGUAGGACUUCAGUAAUUUGGUUCAUCCCCAAAAAGUUGUGCAACUAAUAGCUUGAUUUAAAAGAUAUAAAUUGAUAUAAAUUGGUAUAAAUAAUUAUAAAUAAUUCACAGCUUGUAGGAAAUCUUUGUGUUAAAGACAGCAAGGGUGUGAGUGAGACACGUCUGUCUGCCCUCGACAGAAGGACCAGCCCUUCCUGGGUUUGCUGCUGGUGUGCUGUCCCAGGUUGUCCAGCCCAGGUCCAGCCACUGCAGCCCAUUUCCAGUUUGAUCCUUGCUACACAGCUCUGAACACCUGCCAUGUCCCAAGGUCUGGUUUUCUCCAUCGGAUCUGUAAGUCAGACCCUUCUCUGUAUUCUGUGCUUAAGUACCGUCGGAAUUUAUGGAGAUGAUUCCAUGGCUCUGCAGUGUGGGAAUAAAGGGGAUUGUCCUGCCUGCUCCUCGAAGGGCUCCUGGGGACACAGGCUGUAGGCCCUGAUGAGGGUGACUGAACUCAUCCCUGUGCUCAGGUGCUGGGCUGAAGUAACGGGUCAGGUUUGCUCAUUGCCAGCUCAGUGAACCUCUUAAAUAAAGUUCAAUGCUCAUACAAUUAUUGGCGGGGUUUUAAGACAAUUUAUUACUGCUUCAGGUGUCAAUGGCAAAAAAAGCUGCUGCAUUCAAAAAGUGAAGGUCCAGCUCAGUGCUGUGUUCUGGUUCAGUACCAGCCAGUGUUCUCUGUAGUGCAGCAUCACGUGGCACAGCUUGGGAAGACCAAUAAAUUAAAGAGCUACUUAAAUGUAGAGAUGAAACCAUUCUGCACUCACAGCUUUAGCUGCUUUUCCCUGCCCUGCUGUCCUCGCUCAGUACCACGGCUAAGGCACAUCCCAAGUGGGUGUGACACUGCCCAGCUGCUCUGACAGAUCCAUGAAAACAGCUCAGAAUCCUUCCCUGUGAGGGUGGGGAGGCCCUGGCACAGGUUGCCCAGAGAAGCUGUGGCUGCCCCUGGAUCCCUGGAAGUGUCCAAGGCCAGGCUGGACGGGGCUUGGAGCAACCUGGGCUGGUGGAAGGUGUCCCUGCCCAUGGCAGGGGGUGGCACUGGAUAAGCUUUCAAGUCCCUUCCAACACAAGUCAUUCCAGGAUUCUCUGAACUUCAUGUGUGAUUUGUUCUUUGUACAAUACCCUGGGAGGCACCAAGUCCCACCAGUGUAAUCCUGUUUCCUGCUGUAGCAAUGCUGACCUGGGGAGCUGCUCUGGCUCCCAGGCACUGUUCCCAAAGCCAGUGUCCCCCAGGGCAAACAAAGGAGCCCCAAAAUGGAUCUCCCUUCAUUUUCAUGAGUAAAAAAUAUAAAGUGGCUCAUGAUACAAACUCACAAAUUUUCAGUUGUGUGUUUCAUGAGCCUUUUUAAGAACAGGACACUUUGCCAACUGGCUGACACCUGGAUCAUCCAGGAUCCCUUCCUCUUCUUUGGAGGAAGGUGGGCAAAGGGAGGAGAACUCUAGGAUGGCCUCAGGUGUCUGGAAGAGCAUGUGAUGCACUGAAUACAAUAAAUGCACUUUGCUAAUCAAAUACCA